UUAAAAUCUUUUCAAAAAUGUCUAGUAUUUUUAACUUGUUGCAAAUAUUAGAUGCCACUGGAAUAUCUCUUGAAAAUCCCUGAAAAAGGGAAAUAUUAAAAAAAAUCCGUAACAAUGCGUUACUUUUAAGAAGCAACAUUGUAUGAAAGUGAUAAAGCGAAAAUAAAUAAAAACGGAUUUAAAUUGUGUGCAAAUGUUGACAUGGUGGAGCAAAAUGGAGACGAAAAAUAUCGUUGUUGGAGACAAGUUCCGUUUUCAUUAGUUUCGUUGCCAUCAUAAGGUGUGGACGUGUGAAGUUAGUUCACUCUGCGCUGAUAUAUUUUCCAGCGCAAAAUAUCGGGACAGGGCAAUAGCAUUUCUUGUCCGCUGCGUGCCUCGCGAGAUUUACAUCAAUUCAUAAAGUGGAUAACAAACGAAACAAAAAAUUCCCUGAAAUAUAAAAACAGAUGGACAGGAUGACAGUAAUAAUUAAGAAAGAACGCUAGAAAACGUGAUUUGUGAGUGUGUAAUCUGAAUAUAGCUAAAUAAAUACGGAGGCGAUGUCCGAAACGGGGUCGCCGGGCAAAACUCAGAAAGGUGGACAGCAGCAGCGUCGCCAAUUGCGCGAACGUAAGCAACGAAAGCUGUAUCUCGAAGAAUGGGCACUCGGGGAUGAUGAUUUGGAGGGAACACGAGGGUUCAGCGUUUCAGAAAAAUUGGAAUCUUCUAAGUUUGCACAAACUGGUAUGGUUCGAGAGAUGCGUGGCAGUGAUUUGAGUGUGGCUUUUCUUCAACAAUAUGGCUUUAAUAUUCCAUUGUUGUUUCGUGAAAAGACGGGUUUAGGACUGCGGAUGCCCGACUCUAACGAAUUUACCAUAAACGACGUACGUCUGUGCGUUGGUUCCCGUCGUGUUUUGGACGUGAUGGAUGUGAACACUCAAAAGAACUUACAAAUGACAAUGAAAGAGUGGCAACAGUAUUAUGACAAUCCACAAAAGGAUCGACUCCUUAAUGUAAUUUCACUAGAAUUUUCUCAUACGCGUUUAGACAAUUAUGUACAAUGUCCAGAAAUUGUUCGUCAAAUCGAUUGGGUGGACGUAGUUUGGCCUAAACGUCUCAAGGACUCACAAAGAGAAGGUACCAAUGUGUUGGGGGAAAUGAUGUACCCAAAAGUACAAAAGUACUGUCUUAUGUCAGUGAAAAAUUGUUAUACUGAUUUUCAUAUUGACUUUGGCGGUACUUCGGUUUGGUACCAUAUUUUAAAGGGUAGUAAAGUGUUUUGGCUGAUACCACCAACAGAAAAAAACUUACAAUUAUAUGAGAAGUGGGUAUUAUCCGGAAAGCAGGCGGACGUUUUCUUUGGCGAUACAGUGGAAAAGUGUGCUCGAGUAUACUUAACAGCUGGGAACACUUUCUUUAUACCCACUGGUUGGAUACAUGCUGUAUACACGCCAACAGACACACUGGUGUUUGGCGGUAACUUCUUACAUUCCUUUGGUAUAGUUAAGCAACUUAAGACCGCGCAGGUGGAAGAUGCUACUAAAGUACCACAGAAAUUCCGAUAUCCUUUCUUCACCGAAAUGCUGUGGUAUGUCCUAGCACGAUACGUAUAUACACUACUGGGCCACUCGCAUUUGGAGGGUGAAUCUUCAGUAAGUGAGGAGGAAAUAUCUAAACGAGGACAUGUGCAUCUCACACACUAUGAACUUUUUGGUCUAAAGGAGAUUGUCAUGUAUCUGUAUGAUUUGCCACCCCAAAAGAAAAAUGUACCCGAAUUGGUACGGGAUCCAGUGGCAUUGAUCAAAGAUGUGCGCACGUUGGUAGAGCGACAUUGCAAGGACAAGCCGGAGCUGGCCAUAACGGGUGAAUCUGUAUUGAAACCGCCCGGUCAGAUGCACCCUACGUUUCAGGUGUACGAUCGUACGGUUGUAAAGCAGGAAAUCAAAGCGGAAAUCGCACGUAAAAACGCUGAAAUCAUACGCGAACAACAACAGUUAGAUGCAGCGAAUGCCGCAAAUGUCGCAGAAAAUAUAUCGCUCGACCAUGAUAUACAAAAUAAUGAAGAUACAAAUUCAAAAACGAAUAUUGUUCCCAUAACAAAUGUGGUUGAUAAAGGUGGUGUCAUCGUAAAGGAAUAUAAAAAUGAGCCUACAGAGAAUGGUGCCCAACAGACGGCUACAUUCAUUUCACCCACGGAUAGUCUUAAGUAUCGCCCUCCGAAGAAGAUGCACCUCGCAAAUGCUGUUGCUGCAGCGGCACAUCAGGCCAACAACACUGUCAGUGUAAUCGCAUCUUGCUCAAGUUAUAAUUCAGCUUCAACGGCAACAACGACCAUUUCAACUGGAACAACGGUUGCUGUAUCCAACCAAACACAAAAUAAUUCACAUGCACAGCCACUUACACAUAACACAAAUGCCGUUAACACUAACGACAAUUCUUGUCUUUCGCCGAACGAUUCAAAGUUGUCGCCAAAUGUCACCGGUACUGGUCAACCGCGUCGACGGCGAACGCGCUGUAAAGUCUGCGCUGCUUGCCAGCGUUCCGACUGUGGGGAAUGCAGUUUCUGUUUGGAUAUGGUGAAAUUCGGUGGACCUGGACGCGCUAAGCAAACUUGUAUGAUGCGUCAGUGUCUCUCGCCCAUGUUGCCGGUGACAGCACAGUGCUUCGUGUGUCAUUUGGACGGCUGGCGCCAAGUACCCGUGUCCCCGCAAACUAAGCAGCUGGCUUCACUCGAGGGACCUUCGACGCUAAUGGAGUGUUCGGUGUGUUAUGAAAUUGCGCAUUCUGACUGCGCGAGGUCGUUAUUAGACGGCACCGAAGAUGCAGCAGACGCUAAAGGUGUAGUAAAUGAAGACCUACCAAAUAGUUGGGAAUGCCCAAGUUGUUGCCGAUCUGGAAAAAAUAAUGACUAUAAGCCUCGUCACUUCCGUGCCCGCCAAAAGUCUUCGGAGGUACGACGCACAUCAGUUGGUGGCUCAAAUAUCAUUACAGCCGGUCACGAUCACGACAGCAACCAAUUGCCACCGCCAAUUGGGCAAUACAAUGACUUCGUUUUCACAAGCGAAUCGGAAAUGGAAAGCUGCUCUGCCAAUGCUGUACACUGGAAGAAUGUUGCGAAGCGCCAUCACCAUCAAAUUGAAGUAAAGACAGAACGCCAUUAUGAUACUUCUUCGCCGGGUAUCUCGCCCCAUGCAGCAAGCGAUCGCAUUAAGAGACGUAAGAGUGACGAUGGCUUAAGCUUAUGUAGCAGCAUGCAGGACAGUAUUGAUGCGGGUGCUUCCAUGGAUUGUCAUGUGGGCGUUGGAAACGGUGGUAUUGUUAGCGGCAGUAACGGUACACAAAUGUUGCGAAAGAAGAAUUCAAUACGAUCACAGUUGGCUCAACAAAUGCUCAACUCUUCAACGCGAGUUCUCAAAAAGCCACAUUAUGUAGUGCGACCAGCUGGACAUUUAUCAACAAGUGGUAGCGGCUUGUCGGGCAGUCACAUUGGAGGCACAAAUUUAGCGCUCGAUCCAACAUUGUUGAAAAUCAUGUUUCGCUACCUGCCCCAAGAAACGCUAGUCACUUGCUCUUCGGUCUGUAAGGUGUGGUCGAAUGUGUCUGUGGAUCCUGAUCUCUGGAAGACAAUGAACUGUGCAGAGCACAAAUUAUCUGCUUCACUGUUGACAGCUAUCGUUCGCCGACAGCCAGAGCACUUAAUACUCGACUGGACACAGAUAGCCAAAAGGCAAUUGGCUUGGGUGAUUGCACGCCUGCCUGCUCUUAAACACUUGUCGCUACAAAAUUGUCCCAUUCAGGCAGUGCCAGCUCUACACACUUGCCUUUGCCCGCCAUUACAAAUAUUGGAUCUCAGUUUUGUGCGUGGUCUCAAUGAUGCAGCCAUACGCGAUAUACUGUCGCCGCCCAAGGACUCGCGACCUGGCCUGGCAGAUUCAAAAACGCGCUUACGUGAUCUUAAAACUCUCAAACUGGCCGGUACCGAUAUAACUGAUGUGGCAUUGCGCUAUAUAACGCAAACAUUGCCGAAUCUAGUUCACCUUGAUCUUUCAUCAUGUCAGCGCAUAACUGAUGCCGGUGUGGCACAAAUUGGCACAUCGCCGACUGCCAUCGGUAAAUUGGUCGAAUUAAAUUUAAGCGCGUGUCGAUUGGUCUCCGAGUUUUCUUUGGAACAUCUCGCUAAAUGCGAGCAAUUGAUUUGGUUGGACUUGCGGCACGUGCCGUUGGUACCAACGCAGGCGGUGAUAAAAUUUGCAGCCGAAUCUAAACACGAUCUCUGCGUGAAGGAUAUAAAAUUGGUGGAGAAACGGCGACCACAGAAAGCGACACAGGUGACAACGUCCUCAAGCUUAGGCGGAAUGGGUUCAGUAAGCAGUUGGAAUGACUAAAAAUAUAUUAGGAAUAGAACCAAAAACUUAGUUGGAUAGUUAAUAAUCGAAAUUAGAUUUCGAUAAAUUAUUGAAAUGCAUAAAAUUAUUAUAAGAGUGCAGUACAAAAAAAAAUAUAGGUAUGUACGCAUGCAGCAAAGCUGGAAAACAUUUCUUACUACGCUAUGUGUAUUUGUGUAGGUAUAAUGCAGAGCUAGCAGGAGCAUGUAUUAACUAAUCAGUACAGUAUAAAUGAAAUAUUAAACUUAACUCACGAUUUUAAAGUGUUUGAAGAAAUCACGCAUGAAACCAGUUAUAGAAUAUAACAAUAAUGGAAACACAACAUAAAUUUUAAAAUUGUAUAUAAUUUGCAAACGCAUUAUAAGUGUAAACUGUAUCUUUUGUUACCGAAUAUCUACAAUACCAUUCAAUAAUUGUGCAGUAUGACUGUCCUAGAUCGUAUAUAAAAAAUAAAGUUUAUUGUGAAUAUGAAGAAACCUAAUCUAAUUUGAACCAAGUCAGCUAUAAUGGCGAUAGGAUUUAUUACAAUAACUUGCACUCACCAAGACCGCUUCAACAUUUUCAUAUCUUCAACUAACACUACCCACUUUAAUUUUUUUUUUUUUCAAAUAUGUAAAAUUGUAAUCAGCAGAAGAAGAACCCAAAAAGGUCAAAUAAAAAUGCAUAUAUAUAUUUCCCUGCAUAGCUCCAAAUAUACAUCAAAUUAACGUUUGAAGAACUACAUAUAUCAAAAAUGCAAUUAGUGCACAUAAGCAAUAUGAAAUGUCGUAAUUGACAUAUGUAU